CCUUCUCCUUCUCUCCGCCUCCACCCAUCCUCCCCGCCUUCCUGUCACGUCCCCGCCCCGACAUGCCCAAGAGCACUCCCGGAUCCAAUCUGGAGGGCACUGGAGGCUUCACCCCCACCAGGCGCAAGUCUGAGGAUGAGCUGGACUCGAGCCGUGCUCACAAGAAAGCACGGACGCGCGUUAGCUACUCAUGCGGAGAGUGUCACCGCCGGAAACAGAAGUGCGACAGGCAAAUCCCCUGUUCACAUUGUAUCGCGCGUAAGGUCCCGGAGUUGUGCAAGCCAUACACUCCCGGCAAGACCGACCAGGACAUCCACGUCCGGUUGGCCCGUCUCGAACAAAUCGUCGAAACCGCCUUGCCUCACUAUUGGUCGCAAGGACAUGGCAGUCCCGCUUGCGACGGGGACAAAUUUCGAUCCAUGUCUCCCACCGACGAUGGUAACCGCUCUCCGGUAGAAGAUGAAGAUCCUAGUGGUGGCUACUUCGAGAGUGGAAGGUGGUAUGGCAAGAGCGCUUCCGGACUCGUAGCUGCCCCUGCUGUCUUGGAACAGUUGCAAAGUAUGGUGCCAAGUCCUGGUCCAGAAAGUACCCCCGACAGCACCUCGUUGAACGCCAAUAACCUGCAGUCCGACCUUUACAAGAUCAAUCAGAAACCUACGAUUACCUCUAUGGAACCCACCGCUGCCGAACGCUUGCAGCGUCUCAUGACGGAUUGCGGUUACAGCGCGGACCGUCUUCAGAACAUGUAUAAUGAGCUGCCGCCUCGAAAAUUGCGGGACGCCCUAGUCGACCACUACUUCACCGCGAUUAAUUGGACUCGUUAUCCAAUAUCGGAAAACGAAUUCCGUGCUUCCUACGUUUCGCUCUUAGCCAACGAGCAGAAUUUGGGUAAUCCCAACAACAUCCGAUUCCUCCCUUUAUUGUUCGUGGUACUCGCCAUAUCCGUGAGGCUGGCACCAGAUAGCAUUGGCGGUAAUGAACAGACCAAGAGGACAUCAGGCUCUCGAUACUACUGGGGCUCCCGUCGUGCAUUAUUGAUCACGGCGGCCAUCCAACCUGAUUGCUUUGAAAUAGUGCUGACUCGGAUGCUGAGUGCUCGGUUCUUGGUUCUCGAUCGGAGAAUGACCGAAUCGUGGAGUCAACUGGGAGCAGCUGUGAGAACGGCUCAAGCGAUAGGACUGCACAGGGAUGGCGCAGAUAUGGGAAUGGAUACGGUCCAGUGCGAAAGAAGGCGUCGCGUUUGGGCCAACCUGUAUCACGCCGACCGUUCCAUUGCUCUUAUCCUUGGUAGACCUGUUGCCAUCCACGAUAGCUACACAUCAACGCGACCACCCACAAAUUCGGACGAGAAGACCUCUAGCGGCGCGAUAAUCAAGGGGCUACCGACCUCCCAACCUACUCGUACCACCUUCCUAAUUCUUAGGCAUCAGCUCGCGUACAUCAUGGGUCGGAUGUCCGACUUCUUUCAAAAUGUGCACUCACCCAGGCAUUACUCGGACGUCCUGGCCCUUGAUGAUGACCUCCUUAAAUGGAGGCGUGAUCUUCCACCAUAUUAUUCCCUCGACCCUGACACUUCACUCGACCACUCACACACAUACAUACCCCUGCAGCGUUUCCUGCUCGUGACGGAAUUCCUGUUCGUCCGCAUUUCACUACACCGGCCUUACCUCCUCCGGAAGCUAGACAGUACCAAGUACUCCCGGUCCAGAGAUGCCUGCUUCGAGUCUGCCCUGAAGGACCACCAGAUCCGCCAGGAAUACAUUGCGACCACUACUCGGGAAGGCCGUGACCCCGUCGCGAGCGCCUACCGAGAGUUCCAGGCGGCGAUGAUCGCCGGCAUUUACCUCGUUCUCUAUCCCAAGGGCAAGGAGGAAGGCAAGAUGCACGAUCUCCUCGACUAUUUCCUAGACAGGCACAAACAGCUGCCAGUCGUAGACGAAAUCACGCGUCGAGAGGUCAAGAUUAUCGAGUUCUUGAAGGUCAAGUCAUUGCAGUCUGCGAGGACACCGGAGGGCACGCCUGACGAGCCUAGAAUGUCGGUUGACUCCCCUUCUGGGUACGUCUCAAGCCCUCUCGCGCAAUCGAACACUCGUGGUUCGGUUACGUCACAUACGCAGAAUGCGAGCGCGAGUGUACCUCCAUCCACUUCAUCCUUCGCUUCUGUCGCUUCUGUCCCCCUCUCUUCGCCCAACCAGACCUUCUCACAGCUCUCACGGCCGUCGCCUGUCCAGCAAGUCAGGCAGCUCCAACAGUCCGAGAGUCAGUCGGGGUCAGGCUCUGGGAGCCCGGUGGGCGAAGACGAGACAGCACAGUCGCUACUGGACCAGUGGUGCAACAUCUUCAGCGGCGGUCCUGCGGUGGACGACCAAUCCGGAGGCGCUAGUCUUCCGUGGGCGACACCCGGCUUAGGCGACUUGAACGGAUGGCUGGGCACAAGCCAGACCAAUAUAUCGCCCGUCGUUGGGAACGAAACGUUGCCGAGCGUGGACGGGUCGGAUUGGAGUUACUGGGAGACGCUGGUCAAUCAGAUUCGCAGCGGACCGCCACGUCGACCAGUUCAAGUACUUAUACAUUCGGCGUUCAUACCCAUAGUGUCAGAUUCACACCGAACGAUGGCGAAACGCUCUCGAAAUGGAGAUGACAUCCAAUGCGAACAACCUGCAACAACGAAACCUCGUCUCGAAGCCGCAGGCACCACAGCCGGCGUAACAGAGAGCCAAACAAGGAUAUUGUCCUGGAACGUCGAGACGCCCGUGCCUUUCCUUCAGCUCUCGACUGCCAAAGCCCGCGCUGCCGCAAACGUCACCCCGAGCGUCGCACCUGGAUCCAAUCCUACACUCCUUCGCGACCUCUUCCGGCGACACGCUUCCCCCGACUUUGUAUGUCUUCAGGAGGUACGCGCGCGGCACACAGACAAGGAGUGGAUCACCGCCCUGGGGUUCGCGGCAAAUAUCGGCGACGGCGGCCCCCGCUAUACGAUGCACCACUCGCUUAACCACGCGACCCGCGGGCAGCGACACUUCGGGGUCGCGACAUUUGUGAGGGAGCCGAGCCCCGUGGCGUGUGUUCGCGAGGUCUACUGGGACGCCGAGGGGCGGGUGCUUAUCCUCGAGAUGCACUCGGGCUGGGCGCUCGUGAACGUCUACGCACUAAACGGGAGCGAAUUCAUGUGGCGGGACCCGUUGGGAAAGGCAGCCCCGAAGACGCGCAACGAGCGCAAGCGCGAGUUCAACCGGCUGCUCAUGCAGGAGUGCAUCGCGCUCCGGCAGCGCGGGCUACGUGUCGUGCUGAUCAGAGACUUCAACAUCUCGCUCGCCAAGAUGGACUGCUACCCCAGGCUGCGCACGGAGUACCCGCACGGGCUCGCGAGGGCGGAGUUCAGGGAGCAGUUCAUCCCAGGGGUGAACGUUGUGGAUGUGUUUCGGGAAAAGUAUCCCGGUGUAAAGGCAUACAGCUGGUUUGCUAAGGGGAAGCCGCCGGGCACGGACUGCGCGAGGGUGGAUUACGCGCUCGUGGACAGGAAUCUGGAGGAGGAUGUUGUGGACAUCACUUACCUGGAGGAUCCGCAGGAGAGAGGACACAGCGACCAUGCGCCGCUUUUGCUUACGAUGAAAGACAUGGAUACAUCAGAGGCCACGCCACAGGGCGUACGAGCGAUGGACUCGAUCGUUCAUGCAUCGCAGCCAGGUGAAAUCCAUGACAUGUAA